GGGUUGAGGAAGCAGGAAAAGGUGGCAGUGAGCGGCAGCAGGCAGGUCUGCAGGGCAGUGGUGGCCAGCGUCCCGGCUAGGAUGGGCCCUCUCUGGGGCCUGGCUCUGCCCCUUUUCUUCUGCUGCUGGGAGGCUGGGGUCGCUGGGAGUUCUACAGGUCCCAGCACCAGCAGCCCAGACCCUUUGGUAACAGCGAACAGUGGAGAAGAGCCUGCUGUGACAGCAGGACCCAGGACAAGCUCAGAGGGAGACUCCUGGAGCACUGAUGUCACUGAGACCUCAGCACCAGGCUUCAUCACUUUGGAAACUCAAACUCUGAGCACCAAGACCUUUUCUGAGCCCCGACUCUCAGUCAGCCUCAUUUCAGAAGCGGAGACGAGGGAAGCGACAACCAUUUCCACGGCCACAAAGAUCAGGCCCCUCACUGAAACCAUGCCUUCCAUGUUUGUGGAUGUGAUCACCACCUCUGAGGAGACACCGGCCACGAGAAGCAGCUCCACGGGAACCAGAAUGACCGCAGUUGAGACUGACCCAGGCUGCGACCCUGCGGAAGCCAUCUUUGACAGCCUGUGUACUGAUGACAGCUCUGAAGAGGCAAGGAGGGUCACCACUGACGUCUUGACAUUGACUCACACCACCGCAGAGGCUGAGGGCCUAUCCCCUGGCAGCAGUGCCUCUCCUGCCAGCUCGGUUCCCGCCAUCACCACCUCUCAAGUCCUGGCACCUGACCUUACUACCCCAGCCAACACCUUCACCUACAUCGAGGUCACCUACCACAGCAAGACGGAAAUAGAGACAGCUGCCACCAUCCCAGGGUCCUCAGACACAGGGCACACCCCCACAGGAGGAGUGAAGGGGUCCACCUCUGAGACAGCAGCUUUGCCCCAGUCCACUGAAGCCGUAUCGCACGACCCUGAGACCAUGAACUUUGCUGAGGCCUUGUCAAUGGCCAGCACCGCAGAAUCAGCUACACCUGACCCCAGAGUUGACAGUCCACCGCCCACUACUGGCACUGCAGAGAGAGAAACAAUAGCAGCCACAGCCACUACCCCCAGUGGAGUUUCGGUGAUAGUUCACACGAACUCCUCGGAAGAAACCGCAGUCCCCUCUGUUGAGACACUAAGCUACCUCAAGGUCUCAGGAGUGGUUAUGGUCUCCACAGAGGCUGGGUCCACAGUGGGCAGAGCAGCUUCCUCUGCUGGGCCCCCAGGCUACAGCUCUGCGGAGGGAGCCACCAGGAACCCCAGCCCUUCAGAGACUUCCACCCCAGACAAUAUAACCACUGCACCCCUCAGCAUUGGCAGGAGCCCCCUGCCUUCUGUCCACCCCUCUACACCCAACAGCAGCCGAGACACCAACACCACCUUGGCCAAGACCAUAGCCUCGUCACAGGCCUCGAUGAAGCCCCCGACAGCCACACCCACCUCUUCCUGGACAAGGCAGACCACGAAGGUUACUGCAAGUGGAGAGGAAGGCUUCCUUCUCUUACGGCUAAGUGUGGCCUCCCCAGAAGACCUCACUGAUCCCAGAGUGGCAGAGAGGCUGAUGCACCAGCUCCGCCACCAACUGCAUGCCCACGUGCCUCUUAGCCACGUCUCCUUGCUGCGUGUCAAGAGAGGGUGAAGAAUAUCAGCUGCCACCGGGCGUGGUCCAUGUGCCAAAGGAGGGACAGUGCCACCUAUGACCUGUGUCCCCACCACCAACUGGAGCCUCAUUGCUGUGCUGGAUGUACCCGAAAGUUUUCCAGGAGGGUCAGUGGGCCGUGCCCUCCCCCCAGACAUGGCAGCAGGACCCUGGCUCACAGGCCUGAGUGUGUGGGUUGUGGGCUUCCCUGUGUCCGGAGGUGUCUGUGAACCUCCCCAGGCACGAGGCUGUGUUUCAGUAAAGAGACCCAAUGAUCCAUCUGCGAGCUUCUAGACUGCACUGAAGUCAUACUUAGUGCGGUCCAAGGGCUGGUUGGCCUGUGUGCUGUGUAUGUUUUUAAAAUACAGGGGGUUAGGGACUAGCAGAUGGUAUAGCGGUUACGUCGCUGGA